AUGGGCAACUGCAAGUCCAUAACGAAACACUCUGAUCUGGAACCAGUUGCGUUCGAUAAUACAUCCCAUGGCGAGUCCUCAGACUGUGAGAAGUCUGCAGCUUUCAGGAAUUAUCACCGUGGCGAGGAGGAGGUUGUUGAUCAUGAUCAUCAUGGAUCCAAACAAGAGGAGAAAGACCCUGUAUCAUUGAUCAGACAAAAUAUAAUCGGAGGAUCACAAUACAUAACCACGCCUUUCGGCAGUCGAAAGAUAGUAUAUGCUGACUAUACGGCCUCGGGAAGAAGUUUGAAGCCAGUCGAGGACUUUCUGACGACCAACGUCUAUCCCUUCUACGCAAACACUCACACUGAAGCCAGCGCUACCGGCGCUAUAACGACAAAUCUAAGAGAAGAAGCCCGUCUCAUUAUAUCCAAAAGCCUUAAUGCACCUAGAGAAAAGUACGCCUUGCUCUUUGUGGGUACCGGCUGCACUGGUGCCAUCGAAAAGAUGAUGAAGCUGCUGGGUAUCUGGCUGCCAGAAUUUGUGACCUCCAAAUGGAAACUGCCCAAUCUGAUUCCGGAAGGAGAUCGCCCCAUCGUGUUCAUUGGUCCAUUCGAGCAUCACUCCAAUGAGCUCCCUUGGAGAGAGUCCAUUGUCACCGUCGUAGUCAUUCCCGAAGAUGAUGAUGGCUGCCCCGACAUUGAAGUGUUGGAAGCAAAGCUAUCCGAGUACAAGGAUCGCAAAAUGAAGAUCGGUAGCUUCUGUGCCGGCUCAAAUGUCACUGGAAUCUGCAUUGACACUAAGAAGUAUACCCGUCUUCUACACAAGCACAACGCCUUGGCUUUCUUCGACUUUGCCGGAAGUGGCGCAUACGUUGAGAUCAAUAUGAACGGCGAAAAUGAAGACGAGUCUAUGGAUGCCAUCUUCAUGUCGCCUCACAAGUUCAUUGGAGGACCUGGAUGUACUGGCCUGUUGGUCGCCAACCGCUCCAUCUUCGAAACAACCAAGAUUCCUACCUUUCCUGGCGGUGGUACUGUGUCGUUUGUGUCGCCCUGUGCCCAGGACUAUGAUGAUAACAUUGAGGCACGAGAGGAUGCUGGAACACCAGCCAUCGUCCAGGCCAUCCGCACUGGAUUGGUCUUCCAAGUGAAAGAAAUGGUGGGCUGUCGGCGCAUUGAAGCCAUCGAGCGGAACUACUGCAGUAUGGUCUUCUCCAAGCUUCGUGAAAACAAUAAGGUCCAACUUGUGGGUAGCGAUCGUGGAGCAUACUUUGAUCCACACAGGCGAGUCACAAUCAUGUCGUUCAACAUCCGUUCACCGUUUCAAGCAUCAUGCUCGAAUAAAUCAGGAAUCCCAAGUCAGAUGCUGCAUCCUCAUUUUGUGGUGGCCCUGCUGAAUGAUGUGUAUGGUAUUCAAGCUCGAGCAGGGUGCAGUUGUACGGGACCAUAUGGUCAUCGUCUAAUGGGCAUCAAUAGCGAGAGAAGUGAGAGAAUUCGUGUCCUUGUUGGAAAAGGAUACAACGCUUUUAAACUUGGCUGGGCUCGAGUGAACUUCAACUAUUUCAUUUCUCCCGAAGAAGUCGAAUUCAUCUGUGACGCCAUAUUGCAGAUCGCCGAACAUGGGUGGAAGCUGCUCCCACUCUAUGAGACCGAUUUGAAGUCGGCGCUUUUCGUGCACCGACGGAAAAUAUCCGGUUCGAACCGUCCUUCGCUAUCCAACUUUCACCUGUCGGUGUCAGAAUGUGCUGAACCAAAGGAUGCUCAUAUGCAGAAGAAUUCUUUUUUGUUCAAACAAGUGCUUGAUGAUGCCGACAAGAUAUACGGAAAAGCGGAACAGUCGCUCAAAAUGUGUGCCCAUCGUGAAGUAAUCAAGUUACAAGACGAGGCUUUGCCAGAGGAUAUAAUUUCCCCGAAUGAUAUUUGGUGGGUUACAACAAAGACUGUCAGUAACCAUUUUUCAUCAGCGCCGAAUGAAGAAGCAAAUUUCUCGCAAGAUUACCAGUGCAUGGUGAUGGACUGCUGA